GUACAUUUCAAUAAUUUCAUAUAUGUAUAACGUUUAGUGUCACCAAUAGUAGUAGUGUGGGUGAACUCCGAAUUCGCGAAUAUGUGUUUCCCAAAAGGAAAGCAGUCUUUAAUUAGAGAUGCUUUAAAUAUAAAAAUGGAUUACAAAUACUGAUCUUAAUUCUUUAAGGCAAUCCAUAAAUCAUCAUUCGAUUCAAUUCUUUGACAGCAUUUAGGACGCUCAUGUUUGCUGCUUCAUAUAAACACUGUCUUUAGGUUCGAUUGCAUCAGUUUUAAAACACCUUGAAAGUUUCCCGCCAAAACGGGUUUGACGGCGUGACACACUAUCGUAUCAUUUUAUUGUAAACAAAUAUUUACUCGUGUAGAGAAUGGAAGGUUUUGACAAUCCGGGAGUGUUUUUCUCCGAUAAUUUCGCGGUAGAUGAGGUUGACGAGAACCGCGUGAAUCUUCAGCACUCGAAGAAAAAAUUUAAAGAAUUCAUCCGGCAGUUUCACGAGGGUAACUUCAAUUAUAAAUAUCGGGAUACUUUGAAGCGUAAUUACAACCUUGGUCAGUACUGGCUAGAAAUCAAUCUCGAGGACCUAGCAGCUUUCGAUGAAUCUCUUGCAGAGAAGAUCCAAAAGCUUCCAACGGAAUAUCUGGCUAUUCUAGAAGAAGCUGCGAAGAAUGUUGCAGAUGAGCUUACAGCACCACGCCCCGAGGGUGAAGAAAAGAUAGAAGAUAUUCAAGUAUUAUUAUGUUCAGAUGCUCAUCCGAGCUCUCUCAGAGGAAUGAAGCCAGAUAUUGUUUCUAAACUUGUUAAGGUCCCUGGUAUAAUUGUCUCUGCAUCCGGUAUUAGAUCAAAGGCAACAAAGAUUGCAAUACAGUGCCGUUCUUGCAAGGUCACUCAAGUCAAUAUUCCUAUCAAGCCUGGUCUCGAAGGAUAUGCACUCCCUAGAAAGUGUACCACUGAGCAGGCAGGUCGACCAAAAUGUCCCCUGGAUCUUUUUAUAAUGCCAGACAAAUGCCACUGUGUAGACUUUCAAGUGCUGAAGCUUCAGGAAUUGCCAGAUCACAUACCACAGGGUGAAAUGCCCAGACAUUUACAAUUGUAUUGUGAUCGGUAUUUAUGCGACAGAGUUGUACCUGGCAAUAGAGUUCUAAUUCUUGGAAUAUACUCCAUUAAGAAAGUGUCUAAACCAACCGGCAAGAACGCAGGCAGGGAGAAAACAUUGGUAGGCGUUCGGGCUCCAUAUAUUCGCGUUCUUGGUAUUUCUGUGGAUGGAGAAAAUACUAAUAUAGGAACUCAACCGCCUGUUACAUCUGAAGAGGAAGAUCUAUUUACCCGUUUAGCAGCAGAUCCUAAUUUGUAUGAAAGAAUCGCGAAAAGCAUAGCUCCUAGUAUUUUUGGUGCAAUUGACAUCAAGAAAGCUAUCGCAUGUUUAUUAUUUGGUGGAUCCAGAAAAUUAAUGCCGGAUGGAUUAUGUAGAAGAGGAGACAUUAAUAUUUUAAUGCUGGGUGAUCCGGGUACUGCUAAAUCACAAUUAUUGAAAUUUGUAGAGAGAGUUGCUCCCAUAGCUGUUUAUACAUCGGGAAAGGGUAGUUCUGCAGCCGGUUUGACAGCCUCUGUAUCAAGAGAUCCAGUAACUAGAAAUUUCGUCAUGGAAGGUGGCGCGAUGGUCCUCGCGGACGGCGGAGUCGUUUGCAUAGACGAGUUUGACAAAAUGAAGGAGGAUGACAGAGUGGCGAUACACGAAGCUAUGGAGCAACAAACAAUCUCUAUAGCAAAAGCAGGAAUAACGACAACUCUGAACACACGAUGUUCCGUGUUAGCAGCGGCAAACUCGGUUUUUGGUCGUUGGGAUGAUAUAAAAGGCGAAGAGAAUAUAGAUUUCAUGCCGACAAUAUUGUCACGUUUUGAUAUGAUAUUUAUUGUUAAAGAUGAACAUGAACAUAACAGGGAUAUAACUCUAGCUAAACAUGUUAUGAAUAUUCAUUGUAACGCUGGUCAGAUUACAGAACAAUCGGUAGAGGGAGAAAUUCCUGUACACAUUCUCAGAAAAUAUAUUAAUUAUUGUAGAACGCGUUGUGGCCCGAGACUUGAUGCAGAGGCAGGAGAAAAAUUAAAGAACCGUUACGUAAUGAUGCGAGCUGGCACGAGAGAACAUGAGAAAGAUUCUGAAAAAAGAUUAUCGAUACCUAUAACAGUCCGGCAGCUUGAAGCUAUUAUACGAAUUUCCGAAGCUUUGGCCAAAAUGCAAAUACAACCCUUCGCUAUUGAACUCCAUGUUAAUGAAGCUUUAAGACUCUUCCAAGUAUCUACGUUAGAAGCCGCAAUGUCUGGAUCAUUAGCAGGAGCAGAAGGAUUUACCUCGGAAGAGGAUCAUGAAAUGCUCUCCCGCAUCGAAAAGCAAUUGAAAAACAGAUUUCCUAUCGGACAUCAAGUAUCUGAACAGAAUAUAGUGAAAGAUUUUCUCAAGCAAUCGUUUCCAGAACGUGCUAUUUAUAAAGUUAUACAUACAAUGAUACGUCGUGGUGAACUUCAGCAUCGUUUGCAACGCAAAAUGUUGUAUAGGCUGCAUUGAAGAGUAACAAAAACAUUCU